AUGACACUUAAGGAGGAGCUGCGGAGUCGUCAGUUCUGGCGGGCCGCCGCUGCUGAGCUGCUGGGCACGCUGGUGUUUGUGUCGGCAGUGCUGGGUUCCUCCAUACCAGGGCUGGAGGGCGGCGCUGGUGGGCCUCUGUACCCUGCACUGGCAGGGGGCAUGGUGGCCGUGAGCCUGGGACACUGCUUUGGGGAAAUCAGUGGGGCUCAGGUGAACCCUGCGGUGACUCUGGCUUUCCUGGCCACCCGGCGUCUGGACGCUCUGAGGGCGUUGGUGUAUGUGGCGGCCCAGUGCCUUGGAGCCACUCUGGGCACAGGGAUCCUCUACUUGGCCCUCCCUCUGAAUUCCACAGCAGAGAGCUUCGCCAACAAGGUCCCCAUGGAGGUGAAUGCAGGCCAGGCUCUGGGGAUGGAGUUUCUGGUCACCUUCCAGCUGGUCUUUACCAUCUUCUCUGUGGAGGAACAGCGGCGGCGGGAGGGGGCUGAACCAGGGAACCUGGCCAUCGGCUUUUCACUGAGCGCAGGGAUCUUUACAGCAGGUCGUCUCUCUGGGGGCAGUAUGAAUCCUGCCAGAACUCUGGGCCCAGCCAUCAUCACUGGGAUCUGGGAGCACCACUGGGUGUACUGGAUUGGGCCAGUGUUAGGUGCGAUCCUGGCUGCCGUGUCCCAUGAGUUCUUCUUCGCUCCCAGUGCAUCCAGACAGAAGCUGGUGGCAUGUCUGACCUGCAAGGACAUUGAGAUGGUAGAGACGGCCAGCGUCUCCCGCUCCUCGCUCUCCACCAUCACUCAGACGGCCAUGAGGGCCAAGCAGGCCAACAAGUCUGAGCACAGCUGAGGGCAUCAGAGAGAGAGAGACAGAGAGAGACACGUGGAUGGAGAAAGAGAGAGAGACAGAGAGAGAGAGAGAGAG